AACCGAAUUUGUAGUUAUCCCCAGCGUCAUUUGUUCGCGAAAAAUGUGGAAUUUAGUUUUUUAAUUGUAAAUUAAGUUUUGCCAAAGUUAUGUAAAUUUUCUUUUAUAUUUUGUCCGCUACAUAGUAUAUUUAUCCUUAGACAUAUAUGAACUUAUAUAAAGAGUGUUAAGUGAUAAAAUACAAACCCCGACAUUUAGAGAGAGAAAAAAAAUUGUAUAAGUUUUAAGGCCACUUUGAAAGGCAACCCAUUUAUUUUUUCUUCCCCCGUUAAAUAAUAACCGCUAAAAUUGUGGAAAAACAGGAGAAAACUCCAAAGCGGAAGAAGAAGGCUGCAGCCAGUAAAAUGUCUGCAGUUUAUUCGCCGCAACAACCGCAGCAGUCUGCGCCCCCAGGUGCUGUACUGCAACCGCCUCAGCCACCAACGCCGACGUCGAUGCAGCAACAACAACAACAGCAGCAGCAACCACCGGGUGUUGGCGGCGGCGUGGGUGGAGUGGGGAUGGGUGGUCCAACAGGAGUGCCAAUGGGCUCCGGCGGUCCAAUCCAACGAGGUCCUUCCAUGGUUGGCAGUGGUGGCGGACCCGUCGGUCCUCCAUCUUCAGUUGGAAGUGGUGCUAUGAUGGGCGGUGUUCCUCCUCCGCCAUCAUCCCAACGCGGUGGUAUGCCACCAUCACCCAGUCCAGCACAAAUACAAAAAAUACUUGACGAUAAUUGUGGUCUUAUUCAAACAAUUCAAGACUUUCAAACGAUGGGCAAAGCCCAGGAGUGCAUGACAUAUCAUAUGGCACUACACAGAAAUCUCGUUUAUUUAGCACAACUAGCUGAUCCAACAAUGAACAUUGCUCAGAUAUUGCCGCAUCCACAUGUUCUUCAACAACAGGCAGCCCAACAACAAGGUCCACAUGGUAUGAUGGGGGCUCCACAGCCUCCACAACAAGGUGGACCCCCGACUGGGGCAAACCAACCACAAAUAGCCGGUAUGCCACCAAUGUCUCAUUCGGAUGGAAAUGUGCAACCUCCAUCGGGAGCUCAAAUGUCGUAUGGAGGCCAACCUCCACAGUCGCAUCCAGGAAUGACGCCAAACUCUCAAUCUCAACAAGGUCCUCCCCAACAAGCUAUUCAUUCCCAACAAGCUGGCCAACAACAACCCCAACAACAAGGCGGUGCUUAUCGUGUUGGUACUUCGCCUCAAUCAGCCAAUCAACAACCACCAACAGUGUCAAAUGCAGGAUCGAAUCAACAGCGCCCAAGUGUUCAGUCAGGACAGCAGCCGGGUCAAGGGCCACAACAACAAGCCCCAAAUUCCCAACAAGGUCCGCCUCCUCAACCCCAAUAUCGUGGCAAUUAUCAACAACAACACAGUCAUUACCCUGGCUAUCCACCACAAAGCCAACCAUCUUACCAACCCCAAACCGGUUAUCCAUAUGGUCCACCCACUCAAGGCUACGGACCACCUCCUCCAAAUACACAGGGAGGCUACCAUCAUGCAGGUAUGCCACCGACAUCAUCAGCUGGUGGCGGCCCACCAGGUCAGCAUGGGUAUGCUAAUGCCAGUGGUCAGCAAGGACCUCCGGGCGCUUAUGCCCCACCUCCGCCGAAUCAGCAAGUUGCACCGGGCCAGCAACCGCCUCCUUCACAAAUGUAUGGUCCGCCUACAACUGGACAAGGACCACCACCACCGCCAAAUCAAUAUGGACCUCCGCAAGGUGGUAACAACGCGCCUCCACCGAUGACAUACGGUGGUUACGGUGGUCCACCACCAAGUGGUUAUGGUCAAGCGUCGAAUGCAUUGCCCAGCGGUUAUGGUCCACCUCCUCAAAAUCCAACACAAUCACCCUACCCUCCACAAUCACCAUACCAGCAAGGUGGAGCGCCUGGUGGCUAUCCGGGUCAGUCACCGCAACAGCAACAAACAUCACAGGGCACUAGCGGUGGCUAUAGUUCCUCGCCAAGUCCAGGCCAAACACCGCCACCACCAUCCAACCAACAAACACCAAACUCGGCUAACCCAAACGGACCAAAUGCUCCACCAGCUAGUGUGCAAUCCACUUCUCCAUCUACUUCUUCUGGCAAUCUUGGUGUUAAUAGCGGUCCACCGAACCAGCAGACACAAUCUCCUCAGCAGCAACAACAGCAGCAGCAGCAACAACAACAACAACAGCAAUAUGGAAACCAACAGCCGCCAGUUUCCAGUGGGCCGCCACAGCCACAUGGAUCUACUCCACAACAACAGACUGUAUAUUCGUCAGCAGGAGCGCCCGCUGGUGGUCCCUCACCUUAUGGAGCUCCAUCACAACAGCAGCAGCAACAACAGCCGCCGGGACCGAAUGGACCGCCUCAGGUGCCACCAAACACAACGGCACCACCAAAUGGUACGCCCCAGAUGCCCAAUCAGCAGUACCAACCGCCACCAGCAGGUCAACCGUACGGUGCGCCACCACCGCAGGCCUACGGUCCGCCACCACCCAGUGGUGGUUAUCCAGGACAUGGCUACCAUCAACCGCAGGGCGGCUAUGGUGGCAUGCCACAAGGACAAUAUCCACCUUCACAAGGAUAUCAAGGUUAUAGACCCACUGGUGGUCAAAUGCCGCCACCAGGCGCCCCUCAAGGACCGCCAACAAAUGCAUAUUCAUACUACGGUAAUCAACCUCCACAAUAAGUGUUUGCACCACAAAAAGGUUGAGCCAGACACGCGGCAACUGGUUAAUACUUUCUUCAAAAUUGAAAUAUAUACAUAUAUGUAUAUGUACAUGUGUUAUACUAUAUAUAUCAUAUGUAUGUAUAACCCUAGAUAAAUAAGACAAAUUAUUGGUAUUAAUUCCGCUCCGUAAUAAAGGGGAGAAAAAAAAAAACAAUCGGCUAAACUUAAUGGAAUCUUUGUAAACAUUAACACGCGCAUUAUGCUUAUUUUUCGACAUCUGAAAUCGUUAGAAGUCCAAACAAUAUUAACAAAAGCGUAAAAUUAUUUCCGACACACUAAACUCCAUUAAAUGAGCUGAAUCCAUUUGUUUCUUGCCUUAGGAAAUAUGUAGAAAGGUACUGGGAACGAAAGGAUAUUUUAAAUGGGCUAAAAGUUUUCUUACAUUUCUUAAAGUUCGGGAAAAUGAAAAUGAUAAUGACGCCACAUACUUCUGAAGUGUUAAUCAAAACACUGGCAUAACAGUAUACCAUACAUUCGGUUAGCGGACGACUGCAUAAAUAAUCGAACUUCAUAACUGCGUAAGCCGACGGAGAUGUAAUUGAUUUGUAUGAUUUAAAAGAAAAUUUAAAAAUCCGCUAGCUUUUAUUUAAUACCGUUAUUGAAAAAAAUUUACGGAAACUAUACAAAAUUUACUUAAAAUUGUUAAAAUAAAAAAUAAGUAUAAAGAUGUUACAAAAAGCGUAGGUCAAAAUAAACAAUAUACAUAUGUAUGUAAUAUUUAAUACUAUGUUGUCCCAAACAAUACAAUGUACGCAUUCCCCUUUUAAAUAAUAUUGAUUACGGAAAAUAUAUUGAACGGAAUGCAAAUUGCAACAUAAAAUUAUUGCGAUGAAUUCAAAUAUGUAACAUUAGACUUAAUCAAUAAUAUAAUACAGUAGUUUACGUUUGAUUGAGAAGCCGGCAGGCGAAAUAAUUUUUUAUUCACAUAUGAUAUCGCUACUAUCCUAAUAAAUAUGUCUAUGUGUAUUCGUCACAUUUAUACAAAAUAGAA